AAGUGUCAGCAGUUACUUAUUUACCAAAACUACAAUUUAGUAAAGUGCAAGACCCAUUAACGAAUAAUGAAUAAUUUAGUUUGGGUCAAUUCAAAGUCUACCACUACAAAAAUUUAGUUUAAUAUAUUGGACGUUAAUUUAGCCGUGUAAAUGGUGUGAAAUAUGGGUGUAAUUGAAGAGGUUUCACAAUUCAUUAUUGUGUAAUAGUGGUCACUCAUGAAUGAGGUCAUUGAACUCGCUUGUUGAGAGUUCAGCGAAUGCUUUGUACAAGGUUUUGACAACCCAUUGCUGGUUUCUGAAAUUAGGAGCCAUUGCAGACGUUUACUCGGCCAAUAAUAUCGUAAGUGGGUACACAAAAUGCAAGGAGUUGAGCUUCGCUUGCAAACUGUUCGAAGAAAUGUCUCACAGGGACACUGUUUCUUGGAACACGAUGAUCGCUGGGUUUGUAAACUCUGGGAACUUGGAGAUCGCUUGGGACUUUCUAAAAACCAUGAGAAAACGUGGGUUUUAUGCUGAUGGCCAUACCUUUGGAAGUGUACUUAAAGGUGUUGCUUGUGCCUUGAGGCUUGAUCUUGGGCAACAAGUACAUUCAUUGAUUUUUAAAGUGGGUUUUGACGAGAACGUUUAUGCAGGGAGUGCUCUUUUGGAUAUGUAUGCAAAGUGUAAGAGGGUUGAUGAUGCAUAUUUAGUAUUUCAGUGCAUACCAGAGCGCAAUUAUGUCACUUGGAAUGCGUUGAUUGCUGGGUUUGUGCAAGUGGGUGAUCGUGAGGCUGCGUUUUGGCUGUUAGAUUGUAUGGAGAGGGACAGCGUGAGGGUUGAUGAUGGCACAUUUGCUCCACUUAUUACAUUGCUUGAUGAUGUUGAGUUUUAUAGAUUAACCUUGCAGAUUCAUGGUAAGAUUCUGAAGCAUGGUCUAGAAUUUGAUAAUACUUUGUGCAAUGCAAUGAUCACUUCCUAUUCAGAAUGUGGUUUAGUUGAAGAAGCUAAAAAAGUGUUUGAUGGUGCUGUUGGCGCCCGGGAUUUGGUUACAUGGAAUUCUAUGCUCGCUGCUUAUUUGGCACAUGAUGAAGAAGAACUUGCUUUUAGGCAUUUUCUUGAUUUGAAAGAGACUGGAUUGGAUCCUGACAUCUAUACUUAUACUAGUGUCAUAAGUGCAUGUUUUGAAGAAUCACAUAAAAACCAUGGAAAAUCUUUGCAUGGCUUGGUGAUAAAAAGGGGACUGGAACUGUCAGUUCCCAUCUCCAAUGCACUUAUAGCCAUGUAUAUAAAAUCAAAUAAUAAGUCCAUGGAAGAUGCUUUGCAUGUAUUCAACUCCAUGGAAUCCAAGGACCGUAUCUCUUGGAAUUCCAUAUUGACCGGAUUGUCUCAGUUUGGUUUCAGUGAAGAUGCAUUGAAGAUUUUUGAGCAUAUGAGAUCUUCACUUGUCGAGAUUGAUCACUAUGCCUUUUCGGCUGUACUUAGAUCUUGUUCAGAUUUAGCAACUCUCCAACUGGGUCAACAGGUUCAUGUCUUGGCAACUAAAUCAGGUUUUGAGUCGAAUGAUUUUGUUGCCAGUUCAUUGAUUUUCAUGUACUCCAAGUGUGGGAUAAUCGAAGACGCUCGUAAAUCUUUUGAAGAGACGUCCAAAAGCAGCUCCAUUACUUGGAACUCCAUUAUUUUUGGGUAUGCACAACAUGGACAGGGAAAUGUUGCACUUGAUCUCUUCUUCCAAAUGAGAGAGAAAAAAGUGAAGCUGGAUCAUAUAACCUUUGUUGCAGUUCUAACAGCAUGCAGCCAUAUUGGUCUGGUAGAACAAGGACAACAUUUCCUUAAAUGGAUGGAAUCCGAUUAUGGCAUUCCACCUCGCAUGGAGCACUAUGCUUGUGCCAUUGAUCUCUUUGGACGUGCUGGACGACUUCAUGAAGCAAAAUCCUUGAUUGAAUCAAUGCCAUUUGAGCCUGAUGCAAUGGUGUGGAAAACUUUUCUAGGUGCCUGCAGAGUUUGUGGCAACAUUGGACUAGCUAAUCAGGUAGCAACCCAUCUGCUAGAACUAGACCCUGAAGAGCAUUGCACUUAUGUUCUGUUAUCCCACAUGUAUGGACGUCUUAAGAGAUGGGAUGACAAAGCCAAUAUAACAAGGCUAAUGAGGGAAAGAGGAGUGAAAAAGGUCCCUGGUUGGAGUUGGAUAGAGGUUAAAAAUGAAGUCCAUGUUUUCAAUGCUGAAGAUAGGUCCCACCCUCAUUGUGCUGAGAUAUACAACACACUGGGAGAAUUGAUGGAUGAAAUCAAAUGGCUGAAUUCUGAUGCUAGUUUACAUGUUUUGGUGCAUGGUUUCACUGAAUGGGCAAGAAAACAAAAAAAUAAAUAAAAUCAACUUGUUUAUGUAAAGAGAAAAAUAGCAUCAAAUCAGUGCAAAUUUUUGUGUCUUAUUUUAUAC